UCAUUCUUCUCGUUGUCACACUGCAACUCUGAUCCCUCUUUUGACGCACAAUCUCAAUCUUAUUUUGUGCGUCUUUCUUCAAAUCAAAUCCUCUCACAACGAAUCGCACCUUUCUCAUUUCGAUGCCCUCAUCCUUUCGAUUCUUUUCUGUUACCAGAUAGGAAUCCACGGCGCGCUUGGGUUGACAAAAAUUCGAGAAAGUGGAGAGCUGGACGCUAAGAAUUUGCGUUUCAAGGUUCAAAUUGUACCUCAGAUAUUUUUCACCAGCAAAGUCUUUCUGUGGCAUAGCAAAUUACAUUAGAACUAAUCACACUGCAAAACAGCAGAAACUUAUUCACUUUAUUUGGCAAAAAUGACAGAAAUCUUCAGCUACACAGCUUGCAGACAGUUAUCUCAGAUGUUCCUUGCAAUACUUUUCUUUCACACUUCUGAAUUCAUUCUAGCAAUCGUUAUUCAUGGGAGAUCAAAUGUAACCCUGAGUUCCCUUCUAAUUAGUGCACACUAUAUUUUGGCAAUGAUCUUUUCAUUGGCAGAAUACAUUUUUGAGAUUGUUUUCUUUCCAGAGUUAAAGGAAUAUUGGGUUAUUAGUAAUGUGGGCCUGGCAAUAGUUGUGAUUGGGGAAGUUAUAAGGAAGUUGGCUAUUUUAACAGCAGGGCACGCCUUUACUCAUCUUAUAAGGACUCACCGUCAUGAUGAUCACCGCCUGGUUACUCACGGUAUAUAUGGAUUUAUGCGCCAUCCAGGGUACUCUGGUUUCUUCAUUUGGUCUGUUGGUACUCAAAUAAUGCUUUGCAACCCCAUAUCAGUUGUUGCAUUUGCAGUUGUUGUCUGGCGCUUUUUCGCUAAGCGAAUACCCUAUGAAGAGUAUUUCCUGAGGCGGUUUUUCGGACGUGACUACAAGGAAUAUGCCAAAAAAGUGGGGUCUGGGGUUCCCUUUAUUAAUUGAAAAGACUAGCCAAUUUGAUGAGCUGAACUAUAUCUUCACAGUGAUCCAUGCUAAUCAAGAAUGUUUGAAUUGUUUCUAUUGAGAAGAUUUGAGCCAUGCUUCAUAUUGUUUUCAACACGUCUAAUUGGCUAUGCCUUCAUUGUAUGCAGCUGUGCUUGUAUGGAACAUCUGAAAAUAAGGUUGGCUUAGGUGACCAAGAUUAGUUUCAUGGUCUAGAUCAGAGAUCGAUGGGCAUCUAGCAAGCCUACAAAUUUUGCCAGUGGACACAUUCCUCGGGUGCAUUAAAUAAUGCUCAAUUGCUCAGGCAUGUUCAAACCAAUAAAAUUUAGCUACUAUUUAACUAGGAUCUUCGUUUUCGUGUACAAGUUUCUGCCAUUGGCAAUGUAGUUGGAUUCAACCUAGCACUUAUGUAAACUUUCAUUUGUAACUUGAAGGAAAAUGCUUACAAAUCAGAGAAAUUACGUCACAA